AUGGGAAAUACAUAUUCUCAAGAAAAUUUAAGAUAUGACAAAGAUCCUAUACCGCAGAGUUCAGGACAUAAAAGUGAUAUUUCUGGAGAAAAUGGGUCUAAAUUGGAUGCAAAUUCUCAAAAAAUUCAACAUUCUGAUGCUGAAGAUGAUUCUUCUAGUGUUAAUUCUGAGACAGAGAGAGAACAGCUUGAUAUUCAUUCUUUAGAAGAUAUAAAUAAAAUAGGCUUUGAAAACAACCAACCUUAUUCAUUUAGUGACUAUUCUUGUGAUAAAUAUGAUAUUAAAGACCAUGACAUUAAAAAUCAUUCUACAAUUUCGUCUAAUUAUGAAAAUAUCGCUCUUGACAUUAAACAAGAUAAAGUAGAAAAUACAGUUCCUGUGUUUCUUCGCUGGAAAGGAGAUAACAAGAAUGUGUAUGUAACUGGUACAUUUACAGACUGGGGGAAAAAAAUACCAUUGAACAAGAGCACAAACGAUUUUACUGUAUUGAUUAAUCUUUCAAAAGGAACGCAUAAAUUUAAGUUCUAUGUAGAUAAUGAAUGGAAAUGUUCUGAUGAACUAGCAACUGCUACUGAUUCUUCUGGGAAUCUUUUUAACUAUAUAGAAGUAAGCGAAACAUGUUUAUCUUCUGUACUUCAAAAUGAUAAACAAUCAUCACUAACAGAGCAUCGUGUCAAUAAGCCACCUGAAACGUAUACGAAUGAGAUUCCUGCUUUCCUUCAUGCAGCACUAGAAAAUAAUGCACAUUGCAUGUUUCCGGAAUCAUAUAUACCCCCUUCUCUUCCACCUCAUUUGGAAAAAGUUAUUUUAAAUUCUAAUUCGACGAUGAAAGAUGACCAAAGUGUCCUUCCGAAUCCAAAUCAUGUAGUUUUAAACCAUUUGGCUGCUUGUUCAAUCCGAAAUGGUGUUCUUGCUGUUAGUGUAACUACACGGUUUCGGAGUAAAGUAAGAAUGCUAUCUUAUAAUAUUCUUUCUAACAAAGUAAGUACGUUACAACUGUUUUAUAUAGACCAAUUAUCGUAUAAACUUUUUUGA